AUGUAUUUGCUACUCGUACUUUUUGGAGCUGCCCUGGCUUGCGGGCCGAUUGGACCUGAAGGCGCCCUGGUGACGAGAGCCGAGAUUUCGUUGGAACUGCAACCCUCUGUCGGGUGGACCUACAACCCGACGGAUCCCGGUGCUGGCGGACAGGCAGAUGACGAGCCCGAUGCAAGGGCAAAUGUUCUUGAUGGCUUGGAAGUUUCGCUGUUCCGCGCGAUGGCCAGCAUUGACCCGUUGUUAGAGCUCAAGGAGAUCUCGAGCAGUUUUCCCGACUUACCGUUGAAGGCGGUCUACGCGGAAGACUGUGCCAACCCUGACCCGCUUGCCAUACUCGUUGGCGAUGGCGGCUUUGUGGACCUUUGCGGCCCCGUCAGACCCGCGCUUGCUCCAGGUUCCAUCGAAAUCCAAUUUGUUACGCCCAUUACCGAGACGAUGUUCGGAGAAAUCAUUGAUGCGAUGCUGACGGAGCUGGCGAAGCGGCGGGCAAAGUCCAGCGGGGAGGUCAUCAAAUACUUUGCC